CACUCAGAGCCGUCUCCUCCAUCCCUCUCAUUCCUUCAUCCCUGUUCCGAUUUCGUCAUGAGUAAGCUUCAAAGUGAGGCAUUGAGGGAGGCCAUCUCCCAGAUCAAGACUAAUGCGGAGACCAAGAAGAGGAAGUUCACUGAGACUGUGGAGUUGCAGAUUGGUCUGAAGAACUAUGACCCACAAAAGGACAAGCGUUUCAGCGGUUCCGUCAGGCUUCCCCACAUUCCUCGCCCCAAGAUGAGGGUUUGUAUGCUUGGAGAUGCCCAGCAUGUCGAAGAGGCUGAGAAGAUGGGAUUGGCCUACAUGGAUGUGGAAUCCCUGAAGAAGCUUAACAAGAACAAGAAGCUUGUCAAGAAGCUUGCAAAGAAGUAUCAUGCUUUUUUGGCUUCUGAGGCUGUCAUCAAGCAAAUUCCUCGUCUUUUGGGCCCUGGACUCAACAAGGCAGGUAAGUUCCCAACUCUUGUGAGUCACCAGGAAUCUCUGGAGGCAAAGCUUAAUGAAACCAAGGCCAUGGUGAAGUUCCAACUCAAGAAGGUUCUUUGUAUGGGUGUUGCUGUCGGGAAUCUUGCCAUGGAGGAGAAGCAGAUAUUCCAGAAUGUGCAACUCAGUGUCAAUUUCUUGGUUUCUCUAUUGAAGAAGAAUUGGCAGAAUGUGAGGUCGUUGAACCUGAAGAGCACCAUGGGCAAAGCAAUUCGAAUCUACUAAGUUCUUACGUUUCAGCAGGAGCUAUUAUGUGGACGAAGAGCAGUAGCAAAACUAUCAUCCUUUUGUUUACUUUAGUUUAAAUUCAUAGCCUAAACUACAAGGUGUACUGUGAUUUUUGUUCAAUUGAAUGCUUAAUUUUGAAGGGAUUCUGUUUGUUCUUCAAU